AUGCGAGCCGCGUGGGCGCUGGAGGACCGCGAGAGAGACGCUGCCGCCGCUGCUGCUGCUGCAGCCGGGGGGAAGCAGUUGGGCGCUGACGGGCAGGGGUUGGUGCAGGAGAAGGGGGCUGCGGGGGGAGUGGGCGCGUGGGCGCGGGGGGAGGCGUUUGUGGGGGAGGUGGGGCCGUUGGAGGUGGUAGGGGAGGAGGAGGUGUGGUGGAACUGGGUGAAGAAUGAAGGCGAGCAGCAGAUCUGGACCGCCUGGCAGAAGGAGGCCGCCACCACCGAUGCGGCCAUGGCGCUAGCAGCAGCGGAGGCGGGGCACAUCAAGCUGCAUGGCGACAAGCCCAGCACGGCCGAGGCAGUGCUGGCUAGGGUGCGCCGCAAGCCCCUCGCAGAUGAGAGACUGGCAAAAGAGGAGGAGUUACGGCAGCGGCUGGGCGACCUGGCAUACUACCAGGAGUGGGUGGCGGCGUGGCCUCACGACACGUCGCUCAAGGCCGUGCGGCGCGUGGCGAGGGAGACAGGGCGACCCAUGGAGCACCAGAUCCUCGACAUGCUUGCCAUGCAGACUCAGCGCGAGUACAACGCCAUGUGUGGGCGGGACGUGCGGCUGCAGAAGGACCCGCUGGCGAUUCGCAUGGACAAGAAGCAGUGCAAGCGCGUGUGGGGCGGCGACCCGGUCUACCCCACGGUGAACUACGAGCAGGCGCCGGACCACGUGGUGGACUACCGCGGACCCAACUUUCACGAGCCCAGCGAGGACCCUUUCAAUGUCGUGCGCCAGCAAGGCCGGGUGGUGACGCAGGAGCAGAUGGAGGCCAUCAUGGUACGCGAGCAGGAGGAGGAGGAGGCGUUCCUGCAAGAGCUGGAGGAGACAGGCGAAGACGCCGUUGAUAUUGGCGAGGAGGAGGAGGAGGAAGAGGAAGAGGAGGAAGAGGAGGAAGAGGAAGAGGAGGACGAGGAGGAAGGGGACGAGAUAUUAGAGGACGACGAUUCGGAUGAGGGCCAGCAGGCACAGGCAUCGUCACACGGGCAUGCGGUGCGGGAGGGGCGGGGGAGGCGGCCAGCGGAGAUCCUGGAGGAGGAUGAGCAGACGGGCAUGCAGUGGGUGGCCUCUUCGAUGGCUGCUCACCAGCGGAAUGAAGUUCCUCCGUUGGCGAAUCUCGCCAACCGCGUCGCCCUCCUGCUUCUUGCUUUCGCCGUGCUGAGUUCGCGAAGAGCGGAGGCGCAGGGCGAGCCGGACUGGCGCGCGGAAACGGUGUCUGUUCUUCAGCAGGUGUCGCAGCAGGCGUUUCUAUCCUCGUUCGCCGCGAUUUUCAGCGAUUUCUUGCAAGGCGGGCAGCAGCCCAUCACAGCCCGCGCCACGCUGCUCGUUCCCACCAACGUGGGUCACUGGCGCUACCUCUCCCACUGGACGACCCUCUCCCCCACGCACCAGCGCCGGUUACUGCGUUACCACAUCCUCCCCGGCCGCUACACCGCCCAGGAGCUCCUGGACGCGCUACCCCUCACCCUCUUCCCCACCUUCAACCACCACCUGCCGCUAAACAAAACGCUUAAGCCGGAGGAAGUGUAUUUCCAGUCGGUGCCGCCGAUGAAAGCUGCAUCGCCGCUAAGUGUGCCGGAUGCGGGGUUAACGGAGCAUCUGGCUGCGCACGGUGUGACGUUUGUGCUGGAGCCACCCAACCUGGAGUGUACCACCGUGGCGUACGGAGCACAUACGCGAGCGGCAGCAGCGAUGGGCGUGCUGGCGAAGCUGCUGUACAUACUCGUGGAGGACGACGACGAGGGGGAGCAGCAGCGCGCGGGGAGUGGUAGUAGUAAACUCGCAGGCGAGGCAGGCGAAGCAGGCGGAAAGGGCGCGCGUGCGGCGGUGCGCUACACCAAGUCGGUGCUGUCCAGCACGCUGCAGCUCAUGGGGUGCAAGUCAAGGCACGCCGUCAAGAUCAGCGAGCGGGUCUUCCAGAUUCUGCUGCAGCAAGUCACCAGCCGGCGGGUUUCCGGCCAUCGGACGGACGUGGCGCACCGAUCACGCAUGGCAAACGGAUCCGACGGCAUCCAGCGAUUGGCCAGGCCAAACCGAGAAGACUCCGGCGCCGUUCUGGCCACCAGCGCCAGCCAUGAUACUCUCAGUUGCCGCGUCACGGCUGGGCAUCACUCCACGGACUCUCUGCGCCACAUGAUGCGCGGCUUCAGCAGCAGAGAGCAGGAUACUCUCUGCCACAUUCCUUGCAAACCGUCGUCCUCUCUUGCGUCCUCUCCCUCCCGCUUUCCUCCCGCUCCCCGGCAGGCGUCGCGGCUGGGCAUCACAACAGUGGUGUCCACCGACUCGCUGCGCCACAUGAUGCGCGGCUUCAGCAGCAGCGACGCCAACCCGCUGCUCUACGCCUCCACGUACCAGGCGGGCGAACACCUCGACCCCGCCGCUGUCGCCGACGCCAAGGCCAGGAAGAAGGCCGGCAAGCUGGCAGGGAAGCACGGCGGCGCACACGCCGGUGGACAAGCUGCAGCAGCAGCACAGCGAGACUGGCAAGGGAGCCGGGAGAGGCGGCUGGCAGCUGGGGAGGUUGGGCGGCAGGUGGGCCGCAGAGAGAUGCCGGGCGCUGUGGGUCUGGGCGCUGGUGAGAGCAGAGGUGCGGUAGGACUGGGUUCACACGCGGGGGGCCGGGUGGGGGGAGGGCGGGUAGGCGGGGAAGGGAACAACGGGGGAGAAGCUGUGAUGACAGGGAGAGGUGGGGGCGGGAGGGAGGAGAGGGAGAUGGAAGAGGCGGUUUGGAACGGGCGGACAAGCGUGACGGGGCUGGAGAGGGAGAGGAGCGGGGAAGGAGGUGACGAGGGUAGAAGAAGAGAUGGGUACAAGGCGCAGAGUGAGAUGGUGAUAGGCAGUGUGGAGCAGCUGCUGUGCAAGUGGGAGCGCUGCCAUGAGUCCGCCAUCGUGGAGGGCGUGCACCUCAGCCUCAACUUCGUGAUGGAGCUGUUGAAGCGGCACCCCUCCAUCAUCCCCUUUGUGAUCUACAUCGGCAACGAGGCGAAGCACAUGGAGCGCUUUGCCGUGCGCGCCAAGUACAUGACGCUGGACCCGCGGCGCAACAAGUACGUGCGCUACAUGCGCAACAUCCGCGCGAUUCAAGACUACCUUGUUCGGCGAGCUGACAAACAUCUGAUCCCUAAGGUGAACAACACCAACAUGGACAAGAGCGUAGCAGCCAUCCACGCCACGGUGUUUGCAUGCCUGCGGCACCGUGCAGCGGGGGAGAGCAUGUACAGCCGCGCCUCCAACACGCUGCCACUGCUGCGCCACGAGUACGACACGCAGUACACCGCAUCUGGACUCGGCUCCAAAGGCAUGCUCUACGUCAUCCAGAGAGAGGGUAGCCUCCGGGAGGGCAGUCUGCCACCCUCCACCCCUGACCCCUCCGAUCCUCUCUCUGGUCUGCCCACGCGGGCUGUCAGCCUCCCCACGUACGCCUUCGGUGCUAACAGCAGCAAGUCGGGUGCUCCAGGGGAGCCCUACCCUCAACGCCACGACCAGCCGUCCCUGUCAGCGGUGCCUUCCCUGCCGCCACGCUCCUUGCGAGUGUCAGAGGGCGGCGCAGGCAGCACCUUAUUGGGGGGACCCUCACUGCAAGCAGGCGCGGGCCAAGCCCAGGCGUGCGUGUAUCCAGAGGAGCUUUCAGACGGCUAUGCCUCGGGCUACAGCUCAGGGGUGCCUCCCAGGGGGCCCAGAGACCGCUUUGCUUCCGCAGCAGCAUCUUUUCCAGCAGCGGCGCAGGGGCUUCCCUGGCAGGCAGGGCACGGGCAGGUGCCACCUCCCCCAGUGGUCGCCAUCCCGCUGCUGAACCUCUCGGAAACCCCAUCGGCGACGGAAGGCUCACUAGAAUCCCCCAGUGCGCUGCUGAGCUCCGGGGUGAGUGCGUGCUCCACGCCCAGGGUGGGUGCACCUGGCGCAGGUGCACCUGGUGGCGGCGGUGGCACUGUGAGUGCCUCUGGUGGCGGCGGUGGCAGCCUGCUGGCGCCCAUCCACGUGCGCUUCAGCGGCCGCACGGCCUUCCCCCGCAGCGCUGACGUGGGCAGCAGCAGCGGGGGGGAGGGACUGGCAGAGCGGGAGAGGGAGAGGCGGGCGAGAGGAGGUGCGGCAGCAGCAGCGGGAGGAGUGGUGGGAGAGGUGGGGGCGAUGGGAGGGAUGGGGAUGGGGCGGCUGGCGAAGGCGAUAGACUGGGUGAGGAUGAGCGGGGGAGGGCAGUUUGCAGCGCACAUGCCGAGCUUCUACGGUCCACCUGCCAGCCGCACACACGCCCUGCAGAAGAAGGAAGAGGUGCGCCCGCUGUGCCUUGUUGUGCGCCCGCUGUGCCUUGUUGUGCGCCCGCUGUGCCUUGUUGUGUGCCCGCUGUGCCUUGUGUGGCUGCUCUUGUAUCUCUUCCACUCUGUGCUCUAUGCAUUCUCCUCGUUCCUCUAA